AUGGAACACUUGCGGCAUUUCAUGAUCUCCUCAACAGGUUCCGUGUUGCGCGCCUGGAUCGAGUUCUUCGACCAGGACAUGGAUCAUCGGAUCAGCAAAGCUGAGUUCAGCAAAGGCUUCGUUCCACGUAUGGCUCGGUUCAGCGGUGCACCUCCAGAGGUUCAGACGGUGGCUUUGGAAACGGAGUCUGAAUGGUCCCCUUGGCUGAAUGGUCUCCGGGAGUUGGGCUACAAGGGAGAUGUCUUCAGUCUUUUCUCUGUGCUGGACGAUGAUGAUUCCAACGAGCUCACUUUGGACGAGGUGGACGUGAAGCAGGCGACCAUCUGGCGCAAUUUCCGCCUCUUCGUGGGGAGCCGCUUCCGCAGCGAAGAGGAGCGGCGCGAAAGCGCUUUCGCCGCGGCCGCUUGCCGCGGCGGACGCGGCGAACGCGGGGCGGACGAAAGCAUCCGACGAAUUCCCAUGUCCGCUGUACCUCCGCUGCUGGCGCCCCCUGAGGGCUUUGAAGGAGCCGUCGCGGCCGGGACAGCGAAGGCGAACCUGACCCCGGAGAAGAUCUUCUGCUCCAGCAUCCUGGGUGGUGCCUUCAUUGGCUAUGGCGCUUAUUUGGCCUGUACUGUGGGGGGUGCCUGCCCUGGACUGUUGGAGAGCAACCCAGGUGUGCAGAAGAUGAUCUUCGGGGCGUUUGGCUUGCCGUUCGGGCUCUUCAUGACGCUCCUCAGCGGAUCGGAGCUCUUCACCGGCAACGCGGCCAUCGUCUCCAUGGCCUUGCUGCAGGGCAAGGUGCAAGCGCCUCACUUGGCCAAAUCGUUGCUCCUCUCCUGGCUGGGCAACUUGGUGGGUGCCAUGCUGCUGGCGCGCCUGGCGAUCUUGGCCGGCACCAUGCCCGGUGGUGGCGCCGCGGUGACCUUGGCCAAGGCCAAGACCUCCUUGAGUUUUGAGACGGCCUUCGUGCGUGGCUUGCUCUGCAACUGGCUGGUGUGCAUGGCGGUCUACUUGGCCUCGAUGGCGAAAGACGCCACGGGGAAGGCGGUGGCCAUUUGGUUGCCCAUCUCGGCGUUUGUGACCUUGGGAUUGGAGCAUUCUGUGGCCAACAUGUUCAUCAUCCCAGCGGGCAUCUUCGCAGGAGCUCCGGUGAGCUGGAGCACGUUUUUUCUGAAGAACCUGCUGCCGGUGACCUUGGGCGAUGUGAAGGGUUUGAGCGAAGAUGAAGGAGUGAAGGAGGGAAGGAACCUCUCUGCAAGACCAUGGAAAAGAUCGGAUGGUUUUCACAAGGUGGUUUGGAUGGUGAAAAAGCGCUGCUCUGAUGCGGCGGACCUCGAGAAGGGCCGCCGCCUCCGGGAGGCCAAGGCCGCGCGGGACGGAAGGAACGGCCGGGUGCCGAGUGAACGCGGGGGCGGAUCUGGUGUUGCAGCGAGCACCGGUGAACAGCGGUCCGGCGAGGUCAAGGACCAACUGUCCAGAGAGGACUUCUGCAUCGGACUACGCAAGUGCGGUUGGACCUGGGGCGUGGGCGAUCUGAACUGGGUCUUUGAUGCCUUGCAAGACCAGCAGCAAGGCAUCCUGAAGGUGGAGAACCUGCGAUGGAUGGGGAUCGAGCUGGCGCGAAAGCAGAAGAAGCAAGAGGCGAAAGCACGGUCGAAGAAGUGGCAGGCACUGAAGCGAAGCCAAGGGAUCUCGCCGCAGGUGAAGCACCGCCACUUUGCCACCUUCAAGGCCUUCUUGCGGAAGAAGUUCGGGAACCUCAUCCGCGCCUGGCGGCAAGCCUUGUCCCAGACCGACUCUAUGGUCUUAUCGAAGCUCCACUUUCUGAAGGCUGCCAGCCGCUUAGGCUUCGCCAAGGAGUCGAAGGAGUUGUGGAAGGCCUUAGACAAGGACGACAGUGGUUCGGCCUCCAUCGACGAGUUGGACCCCAAAAACGCCGAGCUCUUGGCCCAUUUCAAGGCCCCAAACCGAAAAGCAGCGCGACGGAAGCGCCCCGCGCGACAGAGGAAUGCGCGUGCGCGAAGCGGGGUGAAGCGGGUGAAGAGGAAUGUCUGGGUGAGUCAGAAGUUCGGGGGUGUCCGCGACACUUGGCGAUGUCGGAUGAACAGAUCUCACACGCAGAUGUCAGCAGUGAAGAGAGACGCCUUCAAUGCCAUCGACUCGGACUCCACGCGCUUCAUCACAGCCACGGAGUUUGCCAACGGCUUGAAGAAGUUCGAGUUCGAACGGCCCACGAAGCUCUUCAGCCACUUCGACAAGGAUGGAGAUGGGAAGAUUGCUUGGACGCCCAGCGGCGGUUCGGCCAACGAAACGAUGUGCUUCCUUCGCUCGAGUUCCUCGCUCGCCUUCGCUCGCCGGGACGCUUCGCAUCAGAUCAUUGACGACGUGAUGUUCCUGGAGAAUUGGACUCCUUUGCCCUUCUUGGUGGUGGCGCCCAAUUACAAGGCGAAGGAGGAGAUUCGGAGGCUGAUCUUGGUGAGGACCGGUCAGUACAUGAAAGCCUGGCGGCGAUUGUUGGACAAAGAUGCCACCAAUCGAGCCUCGGAGAUGAAACAGCAGAGAUGUAAUUGGUACGAGUUCAAGGAGGCCUACCAAGUUCUCGGCUACACGGGCACCUCGGCCUGCCAAGUGGUCUGCGACCAAAAAAAGCUCCGUUGCGCGUCGGGCGAGCACGAACGCGGAGGUGAUAUCCCAGGUGCGUGGCGGGCCUUUGAUGAUGAUUUGCCGCUCUCCGAGACUGGAGCGAGGUCGGGCUACAUCUCUCUGAAGGAGAUUGAUGAAUCUUCGGCCAUGAUCUUAUCCAACUUCAGGAAAUGGGCGAUCAUGGAGUUCGGCUCCAUGCGUUCACUCUUCUCAGUCUUCGAUGAGGAUUGCAGUGGCAGCCUCUCCUGGCAGGAGUUCCGCUAUGCGUGCAAUGCAUACAGCUACGAUGGGUCGAUCAGGUCGCUGUUCAACGCCUUAGACGUGGAUCAAACGGGGAGCCUGACGCUGAAGGAGGUGGUCUUCCUGGAAGAUUGGGAUGAUCCGGAUGAGGAGCAGACGAACGAGAUCGACUCCCUUUGGAAGGAACUGGGAGAGAAAAGGAUGGAUAUCAGCGCCAAUUCCAAGCGGAACUUCGAAGUCUUUUCUACCUACCGGACCAUUGGCCAGACGCUUCGAGGUAGUGAGGCUGGAAAGAGACGAAAACCUCACGAGGCGAAGCUUGAAGGUCUUCGAGAAGAUCACAAAUUGCAGAAAUUACAACUCAAAUCUGUGAGCCUACGUGGCAGCAUCCGACAGCUGAAGAUGAGGCGGGUGGAGUUGGAGCCAGAUUCCAAGCCAGCCCAAAGCAAAGAACCAUUUGAGUGGACAAUGGCUAGGUCCAUAGGGUUGAUAGACCAUGAGGCCUAUGAGGCCUACCAUUUCUUAGUUGGCAUUCUCCACUGCAUCGAACUGAAGACCACAUAUUUUGCGGUUGUUGUGGACAUGUGCAUCGUUGUUGACCUCAAACGCGCGAUCUUUCCGGAAAAAAUGCGCCUCAAGGACACCUAUAACAAGAUCCACGGCAUGGAUAUCCACGGUAUGGGCCCCUCGAAUCCUUAG